AUGGGUCUUAUAGGAGUCAUAUUAGAGGUUGUUGCUGCAAUUAAUACAUUAUCUGUAACACCGUUGAGUUCAUAUACUCAAAAUUUCAAGCAUGUAAAUCCUUUAUUUUACUGGACUGAUGUUUACUACAAGAAAUUCGACAGUGAGAAGAAUAUUUAUCAAGAAAGGAGACCUGGAGCGCAAUCCAACAAACUUUUGAAGGCCACUCGUUUGUCAGUUGACUCAGUGGCAUUCCCACCGGAUGGCCGGCUGCUUGAAUCAGGCUCUCGGGACAAAACAGUCAAGCCCUGGGAUACUGCCACUGGAACUCUGCAGCAGACUCUUGGAGGCCACCUGGGAUUAGUUCUAUUAGUAGUAUUCUCACCAAAUGGCAGGGUGCUGGCAUCAAGCUCUAAGCACGAAACAGUCAGGCUCUGGGAUACUGCCACUGGGAAUUUUGGUGAGGCAAUUGCAAACUCGAAAUUUCCUCAAGAUAGUCCAUAUCUCGGCACCAAUUUUGGGACUUCUCGCUUGGGAUAA